GUCAUCGACAUGGAGGUUUUCGCUCAAAUUCUCGAUAUGGAUGAUGAUGACGACGGUGAUGAAGGAGACGCCGAAGUGGAACCUUUCUCCCGGAUGAUGGUGCAGGACUUCUCAGUACAGGCCGAAAAGGCUUUUCAGGAUAUGCAAGACGCCCUUGCCGAAAAAGACUUGCGCAAGCUUUCGUCAUUGGGACAUUUCCUCAAAGGCUCGUCGGCAGCUCUGGGAAUCAUCAAAGUUCAAGCUUGUUGUGAGAAAAUACAACAUUAUGGAAAUUUGUGGGACGAGGAGGCGGGAGAGAAGUUGAACGAGGAAACGGCUCUUACUAGGAUAGGAGGACUCAUCGAGCAGUGCAAGAUAAAUUAUCGUGAGGCUCAAGGAUGGUUCAAGACGUGGUAUGAGGAACGAGAUAAGUGA